CACUUAACGCAAAGGAGAGUGAAACAACUUCCUGUCAGUGUUGACGCUUCAGAAUGGCGGAUACGUGUGGUCAAGUGCUGCUGGGCUCUGGACUCAGCGUCCUCUCCCACCCGCUCAUGUACAUCAAGGUCCUUAUCCAGGUUGGACAUGAACCCCUACCACCAACUCGAGGAAGAAACCUGUUUGGCAGACAAGUGUAUCAGCUGCCGGGUCUGUUUGCCUAUGCAAAACACAUCAUCAAGAUUGAUGGCAAGGCGGGUCUGUUCAAAGGUCUGGGCCCGAGGCUCUGCUCCGGUACCAUUGGCACCGUCGUUCACAGCAAAAUAUCACAGAAAUGUCAGCAACACGAUCCAAUGAAGAUCCUGUGUGGGCAGCAGAAGGCGGCCGAGGGCUCCCUCCAGCACGUUGUCAAUGAGACAACCAAGGAGAUGAUCGCCCGCUCCUGUGCGACCAUCGUCACGCAUCCCUUCCACGUGAUCACUCUGCGCUGCAUGGUCCAGUUCAUCGGGAGAGAAACCAAGUACAGCGGGGUCUUUGGCUCCAUCGUCACUGUGUACAGAGAAGAGGGUGUCCUGGGCUUCUUCGCUGGUCUGAUUCCUCGUCUGCUCGGCGACAUCCUGGCUCUAUGGAUCUGUAACCUGCUGACUCAUGUUGUCAACACAUACGCCAUUGAUGACUCGAUGAGCCACACAGGAGAGAUCAAGAACUGCUCCCAGGCUGUGACAGGGUUCUUCGCCAGUAUGCUCACGUACCCCUUCGUCCUGGUGUCGAACCUGAUGGCUGUGAACAACUGCGGACUGGCCGGUGGUCUCCCCCCAUACGCCGCCAUCUAUCCCACCUGGGGCGACUGUUGGAGGCAUCUAAGCCGAGAGGGCAACAUGAGCCGAGGCAACAGUCUAUUUUUCCGCAAGCUUCCGGCCGGGAAGAUCUACCUGAUGGAGGAGAAGAGAUUUUUUUAAGGAUAACACUUGACUGCUUUUGCCUGGUUGUGAGUCAGGACAUUUGGCACUUAAUUCAAAUUUGUAUGCACUUGUUUACUUUUUUUUUUUGUUCUUGAAUCAUGAUAUUAAUGAAAAAGAGAUGUCAUUAGUUGCCAGUCCUGUAGAGGGCGUGAUCGUUCACCCUUCCCCUGCGAUAGAACGGACCAGGGGCAGCCCUCCCAACAGCUGUGCCCCAGUGUAAAUGAUGGUUGUGUGUAGUCGGGGCUUGGUGCGUGUGACUGACCGUAGUCAUGUAGUGGGAACUGAGCUCUCUGCACUGGUGUCAACCUCACUGAUCGACCCCA